UUCGAGUACCCAACCGCGAGAAUGGCAAAAGUCUUCGAUUAUUCAGAAGUUGCGAAACACAACACAGCCGACAGCUGUUGGGUGAUCUUGUAUGGCAAGGUCUACGAUGUGACCUCUUUCCUCGCCGAACACCCUGGAGGAUCCAAGGUCAUCCUUCAACUCGCCGGAACCGACGCCACAGAGGAGUACGAUCCUAUACACCCACCCGGAAUUCUAGAAGAGAACCUAUCGGCGGAGCAAAUGCUCGGCAGCAUUCGUCAAGAGACACUACCGUCCACCGAGAAGACACCGGUAGAGACUGGUGAGGUGGAACCAGAUGGGCCGGUGGAUCUGGAGACUGUGCUGAAUAUCGACGAGAUUGAGGCUGUCGCCACCAAGCAAAUCAGCAAGAAAGCGUGGGCAUACUAUUAUUCUGCAAGUGAUGACUUGACUAGCAAAAGUUUCAACAAUGCGGUGUACAGGAAGAUCUUGCUGCGACCGCGCGUCUUUGUCGAUUGCACAAAUUGCGAUACGUCCACCACGUUCCUUGGCCACAAGGUCAAGAUGCCCAUAUACGUUUCGCCAGCAGCAAUGGCGCGUCUGGCGCACGCGGAUGGCGAACACGGGAUCGCGCAAGCGUGCGAGAAAUUUGGUGCCAUGCAACUGAUUAGUCAAAAUGCCAGCAUGACGCCCGAGCAGAUUGUGGCGGAUGCGAAGGAAGAUCAAGUGUUCGGCUGGCAGCUGUAUGUGCAGAACGAACGAGCCAAGAGCGAAGCUAUGCUCGAGCGGAUCAACAAGCUUUUCCAGGUUAAAUUCAUCUGCCUCACACUGGAUGCGCCGGUGCCAGGCAAAAGAGAAGACGACGAGAGGAGCAAAAAUAUCGGAUCCAACCUUCCUGUACGAGCAGCGGUCCAGGAAGAUGCAAGUGUUAGCAAAACGACGAGCAAUUCCAAGACGCCCAGCCCCCCGAAGUCAAUGGGCGUGGGACAGUCGCUUUUCUGGGGCACUGCGGCGGACCUCACGUGGCGCACCACGCUUCCCUGGCUCGCGGCUCACACUUCACUUCCGAUUGUGCUCAAGGGCAUACAGACGCACGAAGAUGCUUAUCUUGCUUCCCUUCACGCUCCACAGGUCAAGGCCAUCAUCCUUUCCAACCACGGAGGGAGGGCUUUGGACACGGCACCGCCAGCGGUGCACACAUUGUUGGAGAUUAGACGAUACUGCCCAGAGGUAUUUGACAAGAUUGAAGUGUGGGUUGAUGGAGGGAUCAAGAGGGGCACCGAUGUGGUGAAGGCACUGGCAUUGGGGGCAAGAGGUGUGGGAGUGGGCAGGGCGGCCUUGUUUGGGUUGGGGGCUGGUGGAAAAGAGGGCGUGGAGAGGGUGCUUGAAAUACUGAAGGCUGAGACGGAGACGUGCAUGCGGCUUCUGGGAGUGGAGAAGGUGGAUCAAUUGGGCUUGCAACAUAUCAAUACCCGAGCAGUGGAGAGAGAUAUAUACGAUGGACCUGCAGCGUUGGAGCGACCGAGCCUGAGUUCUCGAAUUCUUGCAAAGCUGUGA